AUUACUGUGUUCAAAAGAAAAACAAUUUCAAAAAUAUUUGAACAAUUUUACUUUUUUUGAUAUUAUGGUGCACAUUUGCUGUUUCAGAAACUGAUGAAGACAAAAUACUGUAGAAGCAUAAAGAUAUGUUUGUAUUGUUUAGGAUAUCUUACCUUAAAUGUUAUUGUGUAACUUAUGAGCAUGUUGAAGGCACAGAUUAUACUAAUGUGUCGUGAAUAUUAUAGUAUAUCUAUUAAAAGGGCAUAUAAUAAAUAGUACAUUAUUCAAAUUUCAAUACAAUUAUUUAGAAGCAUUGAUAUAAAUACUGUGGUCAGAAGGACUGUAAAUUAAUAGCAAAUAUUUAAAUAUCUUUUCCUAGAAAAAUUUAUAUUACACUGAAUGAAAAAGCCAAGAUUCUGCUUGUGAUGAGUUCUCAGAGUUUAAAAAGUUCUGAAAAUAAUACAUUUGUUCGUCCAGAAAUGUUUUAUAUAAGAGGAAUACAGGAGUUGUCCUUUGCUAACUGUUUUUAUAUUUUUUUAUUUAUUAUGUAUAUUUUUGCAGUGUUUUCAAAUGUAAUUGUCAUUUUAUUAAUAUAUUUAGAUCAAAGUCUUCACAAUCCAAAAUAUCUUGCUGUUGUUCACUUGGCCUUAGUCGAUUUAGGCACAACUACAGCUGUCAUUCCUAAAGUGAUAGAAAUGUUUCUUUUUAACUCCAGUUUUAUUUCAUAUGAAGCGUGUUUAGCUGAUAUGUUUUUUGUUCAUUUCUUUAAUGCAAUGCAGUCACUUUCACUGGUAAUAUUAGCUUAUGACCGGUUUCUUGCCAUAUGCUUCCCUCUUCAAUAUCACAGCAUUAAUACUAACAGCAGGAUGGUAGGAAUCAUAGUGUCACUCUGGAUGUUUGAUGCAGUCAGUUUUUCCAUUACUGUGCUUCUAAUCACAAGACUCAGCUUCUGCCAGUCCACAGUGGUAAACAGUUUUUUUUGUGAUCAUGGACCCGUGUACUUCUUAGCCUGCAAUGACAUUUACCCAAAUGUAAUGAUUGCUUGGUUUGAUACAGUUGUGUUUCUUUUUUUACCUUUAUGCCUCAUUCUCUGUUCUUAUAUAUUCAUUGGUGUUACACUGUUUAAAAUGACAUCAACUGAUGGAAAGCAAAAAGCACUAAAAACCUGCAUUUCACACAUUAUCUUAGUUAUAAUAUUUUAUGUUCCUCUGGCUAUUACGUAUAUUUUGUCACAGUUUAUUGAUUCCAAUAUAAGAAUUCUUAAUAACUCUCUGUCAGCUACAAUUCCAUCAAUGCUGAACCCCAUUAUUUACACACUAAAAACUGAUGAGAUGAAGACAGCUAUGAAGAAAGUAGUCAGAAUCAAAUUUCUGGCACAGUAAUUGUGUUAUUACAUUAUAGAGUAUAAGACAAUUACAAGUUAUAACUAAUAAAAUAAAUUCAAAUUUA